GACGAUGAUCAGUCUUGUUUAAUGUGUGUUAGCCAUGACAUACAUGGACCAACAUCAUUAUUUCUAGAACACCUAUUGUCAAUUGACUUGUCAUGGCGUCAUCGGAUUUUGUCAGAGACAUAUUAACAAAGUGGGACCUCAGUCAAUGGAUAAAAAAUUUUGAAGAGGAAGAAAUAGACGAGGAAGGUUUUCUCUUGCUCGAAGAGAAAGAAUUAAUCCACUUGAUCCCAAAAAUAGGACCACGGACAAAAUUUGCUCACAAACACAAACUUCUAAAGGAACAAAACAAACACAGCAAUGUUGAAGAGAACUUUGAAGUGGCCACGUCGUCAACAGCUUCCAUUAACACAGCCAAGAGUUCCUCAGAAAAUAGUAUGCCCUCAACCGGUGUGGAGAAACAUCUUUCAGAGAAAAGGAAACAUGAGGUAGCCAAUGCAAACAUGCAAAGAAAGAAGCAGAAGAGUAUGGCUGCAUCCAUCGAUCUACCUCCAAUAUUUGACAGUGAACAAAAGACAGAGGUGAAGAAGAUAAUGCAAAGAGUCAGAGGCAAGCUGGAUAGAAUGCCUUCUACAAAACUUACUGACUUCCUCAGAAGUAAAAUUGAUGUGUUGGAUGAAGACAGAAAAGAGAUGGUGGGUGUUUUUGGGAAGACUGGAGCUGGUAAGAGCUCCUUAAUAAACGCCAUCUUGGGUAAGACGAAACUGCUUCCUUCUGGAAACCAAGGGGCGUGUACCUCAGUGAUGAUUCAGGUGGAGGCCAAUAUGACUAAUGAGAAAUACAUCGCAGAGAUCGAGUUCAUUACAGUGCAGGAUUGGAAAGAUGAGUUAUGGUCAAUCUUACAAGUCACAUCUGGCGAGGAGGAAGAGGAUGAAGACAAGGAAAUUGAUGUCGAGGAUGGUGAUGAUCAUGAUAAGAUAAAAGCUUUGUAUGGAAAAGAGGGACAUGGAAAAAAUUUGGAGGAACUAAUGGAUAAGAAGCUCAUAGAAAUCCCUGAAUUUUAUUCAUCAUGUAAAAAACUAUUUUUUUGUGACACAGCUGAAGAACUGUCUAAAAAGAUAGCUUGCUACAUACUGAGUGACUCAAACAGUGAUACAUUUGAAAGAAUGUAUUGGCCGCUUGUGAAAUGUUUAACAGUCAAGGUGCCAAACUGUAAAGACUUACUGGAGCAUGUUGUGCUGGUGGAUCUUCCAGGAAAUGGAGACUGCAACAAGAGCAGAGAUACGAUGUGGAAGUCGUUUGUAGGAAACUGCUCAGCUGUUUGGAUUGUGAGCGACAUUUCACGAGCAAUUUCAGAAAAGGAAUCUUGGGAGAUUUUAGACAGCACUGUUCCCUUCUUUGGUUCUGGUGGUGAAUGUAGAAGCAUCAGCUUUAUCUGCACCAAGACGGACGAGGAAAGUCAAAAGGAUAAUGCUCGCUCCAUUAAUUUGACCAGAAAUGAAAAAACCAAGGAAGAAGUGAGGGAAAUGUUCAACGAACAAGAAGAUGUAAAGAAACACUUCAGUGACGCAGAGGGUCUCUUUAAGGUGUUUACUGUAAGUUCCAAGAAGUACAACAUGGAAAAGCAGAGUGAACCAGAUGAAAAAGAAAUGACAGAACAGUGGAUGAACGCCCUUAAUGAUACAGAAAUACCUCACCUUCAAGAAUUUCUCAGAAAUCUUAAUGAUCAUCGCAAAAGGGCAUCAGAUUAUAUUUCUGGAGCAGAUGGGAUCCUCUCUCUGAUACAAGCAGCCAGAAACAGCGACAUGAAAUACAGUAAAGAAGUGAUGCGCAAGGAUUUGGAACUGAGGCUUAAGGACAACCUCGAAUCCAUUGGUCAAGACAUGAAAAAGCUUCAUAAGGUUUUUGACCACUGCCUCUCACAAGGAGUUAAAAAGUCAGAAGAUUCAGACGAGAAAUUAAUGAAUGAAAUCCUAGAACCAGAAGGGAUAUCAGGCAGUGGAUAUCAUAAAGUAGUGAAGUGUUUAUGCCAGAAUGAUGGCAUUUACGAACCAACAAGGACCAGUCAAACAGAAAAAAUAGACCUUAAUAAGCAUUUAGCAAAAUACAUGUUAAAUGAUAUUGCUAAAAUAUUUACACAUUAUUUCUCAAAUGACAAAAGUGGUCCAAUCAAAGAGAGGAUUGAGAACUUCACCCUUGAUACAAACAGCUUGUAUGAAAAGCACAAGUGUUUGUUUCUGCAUCUGACAUUCCUUGAGACAGAAAAAGAGUUGAAGCCAGAACUAAUCUGUUACCUCCUUAAGAAAAAGAAACAGACCUACAACACUCUAUCUGAGUCAAUCAAGGACUCCAUGCGUGUGUCCUAUGAAAAUGCAUCAAUGCAUACAGGAAACGGUUAUCUGCAACAGAUGAAAGAUGAGCUACAUCAGCACAUGAAAAAAGCUAAUAUUUUCCAGAAGGCCAAGAAAGAUAUGCUGGAUGGUUUAACCGAACUGAAGGAUCACAUUUUAAAGCAGAUGAAGUGUAAGCUACAAGAAUCAAUCGAGAUCUCACUCCAGACUCCCAACAGCUCAUUCCUCCCAGAUGUCACUGAGGAUUAUAACAAGAUUAAGGAAUUGAUGGCUCACUUUUGCACAAUACCCGUCACUACAAUAUUGGAUCCUCACGCAAAAAACACUGGAUUUCAGUCUCAGAGUUUAGCGGGACAGAAGGAUGUGGAGGGGCCAAGAAUUUUAACUAGUCAACAUACCCGCUGGUCUACUUAUAGGCUCCAAUGCCCUAAGGCAGGUAUUUUCCAGUCUGGUUUAACUGGACUGGUGUUUGAGAUGGCUGGCAAGGGAGAUGUUCAUUUUAAAAUGAGUCAAUGGGACACCAGUGUCCUGGGCUCCAUGACUCCAGCAGGACCCUUAUUCAGCAUCAGCUGCCCUGCAGUCCUUCAACUGCAUCUCCCACACUGUAUGUGUGACGAUGAGGACGAAGUCUUGUCGGUGGCUCAUUUUACUGGUGGCACAAUGGAGAUUGUGAAGCCCCUCAAGACAACUGCCUCCCACGUGGUUGUAAACAUCCCAAACCCUUCCCUGGUGGGCCUCAUCAGAUGUGGUUUGUCUACACUCCCUAUCCAAAGCCAGGUGCUGCUGUUCCUCUGUCCACAAGGGAACACAAACCAAAAGGGGAUGCUGAAUGUUUUUCUGUUGCCCAAGAAUGUGCCAAUCUGCAAGGUGAAACAUCAACAGAAGGGCAGUGAUUUUAUUCAAACCAGCUCUGAAUGCACUUUGAGUCCUGGAAGGAGAUAUAGUCUCUGUUGUGAGCUGGUGGACUGUAACAUAUUAAAAAGCAUGCAGUUUGAUAGCGACUACACCCGAAAGUUACUACCUACAUUUCAGGUGUCCUUGGAGUGUAUUUCAGAUGCCAAGAACAUGAACCUGACCCUUUUAGACAGAGAGACUAAUGACCAGAAAGUGUGGGAGUUUGUAGUUCAAACCAGUUCUAUCACGUCUCCCUCUGUACCAGCUCCCCCUUCUGGCCCGUCGCGGCUCCAGUGA